GUCGUGAUGCUCAUGGAGGCGGAGCCAAAGUUUGAAUAACGUGGCGGGAAAAGGUUCUGCUUCCACGGCCUUGCUUUGAGGGGAGGGGAGAAAGACGGUCCUGAGGGGAUUUUUUUUUCCCCCGCGGGGGUGGUCGUUUGCGCGACCGUUUCUCGUUCGGCUCGGAGCCCAGCUCGGUUCCUUUCCUCCUUUCCCUAAUGGCGAAGCAGCAGAGCCGGGAGCAAGGGAUCACUUUGCGAGGCAGCGCCGAGAUUGUCGCCGAGUUUUUCUCAUAUGGCAUCAAUAGUAUAUUAUACCAACGUGGGAUCUAUCCUGCUGAAACCUUCACACAUGUUCAGAAAUAUGGACUUACUAUGCUUGUAACAGCAGAUCCUGAAUUAAAGAACUACCUGAAUAAUGUAGUGGGGCAAUUAAAAGAGUGGCUCUGUGAGUGCCUAGUGCAGCGGCUAGUGGUGGUGAUCUCCAGUAAGGAAACUAGUGAAAUUCUUGAAAGAUGGCAGUUUGACAUUGAGUGUGACAAAACUGCAAAGGAUGAAAACAUGCCAAGACAGAAAUCUCAGAAAGCGAUACAGGAUGAAAUUAAAUCUGUUAUCAGACAAAUAACAGCCACAGUGACAUUUCUUCCUUUAUUAGAAACUACCUGUGCUUUUGACUUGCUAAUUUUCACAGACAAAGACUUAGAAGUUCCAGAAAAAUGGGAGGAGUCAGGUCCACAGUUUAUUGCUAACUCUGAAGAGGUCCGUCUUCGAUCCUUCACAACUACAAUACACAAGGUCAACAGUAUGGUGGCCUACAAAAAGGACAACUUUCCCUGACUCACCAAAUACCAUUGGACAUUCAUGUUAUGUUCUAAGUAGGCUGAAUGCAAACAGCAAAGAUGUGCUUUGUACAUACUUUAUAUUUUGUAAUCAAGGUGCAACCUCAAACAGAAGAGCCUUUUUAUCCCAAGAUACCUUAUACGUAAAGCCAAAUUACAUGGG